AUGGCAUCAAACAAGACCCAAGUGUACGUUCCCUGUACCCUUCAAACUUGCCCUUUAUCAAUGGCAGUCAUUCCUUAUCAGCCAAACGUGGCCGCCAAUGUUGUCUUUUUGGUCAUCUUUGCAUUGGCGCUGGCGGCUCAAAUAUGGAUGAGUACGAGAUACCGAACAUGGACCCAUUUGGUCGGAAUGGUAGGAGGUCUGGUUCUUGAGAUAGUAGGCUAUGUUGGUCGCAUUCUGCUUCACUAUGACCCAUUCAACUUCAACAACUUUGUGAUAUAUCUCGUCUGCUUAACUGUGGCCCCUGCGUUCAUCAGCGCUGUGAUCUACAUUUGCUUCUACCGCGUCACCAUGAUAUACGGGCAUUCUCUCUUCGGGCUCAAGCCCCGUAUCCUUGCAAUUAUUUUCAUCUGCUGCGAUGUCAUCUGCCUGAUUUUGCAAGCUGCCGGAGGCGCCAUCGCAUCAUUGUCAAAUGGCACAAGCAAGGAGGCUCGAGCCCAAGGAGACAUGGGCAUCAAUAUCAUGAUUGCUGGUCUCGCGUUCCAAGUUGUCUCACUCUUGGUCUUUCUCAGCUGCGCAGCUUAUUAUCUCUGGGCUGUGCAUCGCAAGAAUCCUGGACUUGGGGCAUCUACGGUCAAUCGCGGACUUUGGCGUGCAUUCCUAGCAAGUCUCGCGGUUGCUGCAAUCGCCAUAUUUGUUCGCUCAGUAUAUCGGGUUGCAGAGCUCCGAGAAGGGUUCCAGGGAAAAUUGGCUGGUGAUGAGGUGCUAUUUAUGAUCCUUGAGGGUGCAAUGAUCGUAAUCACGACUGCUGCUUUGACAGUCUUCCAUCCGGGCUUUUGUCUUGGUGUUCCAUGGAAAUUGAAGGCUGUCGAGACAUCGAUUCCGCUAAUGAGCCAGGAAUCGAAUAAUCGAUUCAAAUGA